AUGACUUGCCAAGCGUUUGCUUCAUCUGACACCUUUGUACCCUUGAAUUCUGACUCUUCUCCCUCUCUGCCUCUGAUAAUGCAUCACAGCGCCGCAGAGUGCCUGCCGGUUUCUAACCAUGCCACCAAUGUUGUAUCUACAGGUCUUCAUUACUCUGUGCCUUCCUGUCAUUAUGGAAAUCAGCCGUCUACCUAUGGGGUGAUGGCAGGUAUCAAGCCUGCAACUCCAGAGAUGCUAUCAGCAAGUCUCUCCCAGAGUCGUAUCUUACAGACAUGCAGCAUGCCACAUCCCAAUGUGGUAAAUGGUGUCAGCACCUUGCAAAGUAGCCUGACCCCUUGCCUUUACAAAUUCCCGGAGCAUGCCCUGAGUGCCAGCUCCUGUGCCCUGGGUCACAGCUUCACGCCCAUGCACCAGUCCCUCCUCACAGACGAUCCCACCACCGCGGACUUCAAGCAGGAGUUCCGCAGAAAAAGCAAGUCUGUCGAAGAGCCCAUCGACAUGGACUCCCCUGAAAUCAGGGAACUGGAGAAAUUUGCUAAUGAAUUCAAGCUAAGGAGAAUUAAGCUGGGUUAUACACAAACCAACGUUGGAGAAGCACUGGCGGCUGUGCAUGGCUCUGAAUUCAGCCAAACUACUAUUUGCCGGUUUGAAAACUUGCAGCUGAGUUUCAAGAAUGCCUGCAAACUGAAAUCAAUACUGUCCAAGUGGCUGGAGGAAGCAGAACAAGUAGGAGCUUUAUACAAUGAAAAGGUUGGAGUGAAUGAGCGGAAGAGGAAACGCAGAACCACCAUAAGCAUCGCUGCCAAAGAAGCCCUAGAGAGGCAUUUUGGAGAGCAAAGUAAGCCUUCUUCUCAGGAAAUUAUGAGGAUGGCUGAGGGGCUCAAUCUUGAGAAAGAAGUUGUGAGAGUUUGGUUUUGCAACAGAAGACAAAGGGAAAAAAGAGUGAAGACAAGUUUGCAUCAGAACGCCUAUAGUUCUAUUAUCAAGGAGCAUCAUGAAUGCCGGUAA